AUGUAUCAAUGGUCUUCAAAAGCGCUCGGGAGAAAAAGCUUUUGUUUGCUUUCUAGAAGGCUCAUUUCACUUUCUUCGGUGCAAGGCAAGGUACAAAGUCCGAAGAUCAAGACUGAACACAGACUUUCAUACGAAAAAGCUAAUAAUACUCGUGUCGGUGAUAGUGCUAUCCAGAGGCCCCAAAGUGCAACAGAUUUUGGAAAUUACAAAAGAGAAUCUUUCGUUUUGAACCUCACAGAAGAGGAUGCUUUGAAAAUUCCAUCUAUUCUAGCUCUUCACGCCAGAUUGAAUUUGUCGCCAAAUUUCGAAAAGCGUACGCUUGUGAGGGCUCUUACAUCAAGAAUGGAAGAUAAUCAAUACGCCGACAAUCAGCAGAUGGCUAUUUUUGGUUCGAAUAUUCUGUCUUACUACGUGACAGAAUACCUUUUAUCCACGUAUCCAAGACUACCUAUAGCCAUUUUAAAGGCUGCUACGGAAGCUUACAUUGGCGAUUUCUCGCUUCAUGAUGUCGCUAAAAAUCAGUGGGGCAUAGAGGCAGACACCAGCACUAACCUAGAAAAGUAUUUGUUGAAGGAGCCGAAGCUGUUCAAAUUUGGUAAACUUAGGUUUGACCAGUUGGUCACUGAUGUCGAGGAUGGUAUCACUAGAUUCAAUAACGCGUCCAAGACCUCACUUGCAGCGUCUACGGCCUUUGCCAACAGUGCUAGAGCGAUUGUUGCUGGUGUCUAUGCCGCAGAUGGUGAAGCAUCUGCUAAAGAAUUCAUUGACUUGCAUAUACUGUCGAGAAAGGUGGAUAUCUCUUCGAUGUUUGAAUUCGAAGAGCCAGGCAAGUUGAUCACAAGGCUUUUAAGGACGAAGAACAUGGAGCUUCCAACCAUCAGAUUGAUUUCUGAAACUGGUCGGCAAUCCAGCUCGCCAACAUUCAUUGUUGGGUGCUUCAGUGGAGAUAGCCUUCUUGGUGAAGGACAGGGCUCUUCUUUAAAAGAAGCAAGAAUUAGAAGCUGUGUUAAUGCUUUGAAAGCUUUCUAUCUCUACAGGCCUCUCGAUCCAAAGCGUCCAAGUGAAUCUACUUUCAAGCCCAUGUUCGUGGAUGAGGGAGAAUCAUUCUAUUGA